AUGUCUACACCAAAAUCAAUUAACCCCCUGCCAUACUCCGACUUCAGGAGCGACACAGCCACGGCGCCAACACCCGAGAUGUUUGCAGCCAUGAUGAAGGCCUCAUUAGGCGACGAUGUCUAUAAUGAAGACGACUCUGUAAAAAACCUCGAGCGCUAUGUUGCAACCCUCUGCGGCCACGAAGCCGCGCUCUUCUGUUCGUCUGGCACAAUGACAAAUCAACUGGCACAUCGCGUACAUCUAUGCAACCCCCCUCAGUCUGCGAUGGUCGACAUCCGUUCCCACGUCUUCAAUUAUGAGGCCGGCGGGAUCUCCUUCCAUUCACAAGCAGCCGUCUACCCUGUGAUGCCCUCGAACGGCAAAUACCUCACGGUCGAGGACAUUGCCCCACGUCUCGUUCACGAUAUCGAUGUCCAUUACGCACCCACCCGGGUCAUCUCGCUCGAGAACACCCUCAACGGCACCAUCAUGCCUAUUAAAGAGAUUGAACGCAUCCGCGCAUUGACCAAGGAGCAUGGCAUUAAGCUACACCUCGACGGUGCUCGUCUCUGGCAUGCCAGUAUUGCAACCGGUAUUUCGUUGAAGGAGUACUGUAGCCAUUUCGAUACAGUCUCAUUGUGCCUCUCCAAGGGUAUCGGCGCACCGAUCGGAUCGAUCCUGAUUGGCAGUGAGAUCGCGAUCAAGAAAGCAAGGCAUUUCCGGUUGCUCUUUGGAGGCGGAUGGAGGCAAGCUGGGAUCUUGGCCGAGGCUGCACUUUGGGGUAUCAAGACCAACUGGCCCACGAUGGAGGAUACGCAUCGUCGUGCAAAAUGGCUCGAGCGCGUGUUUGUCGAGGCUGGCUGUCACAUUACCAACCCUGUCGAGACAAAUAUGAUCUGGGUCGAUACCACAGAUGCAGGGUUCACGGUCGAGGAGCUGAUGACGGAGCUGGCGAAGGAAGGGAUCAAGAUCAGUGGGAGCGGGCUCGCGGCACGCGUGGUACUGCACUACCAGAUCACAGAUGAUGCGGUUCAACGGUUUAUUCAGGUGAUACACAGGUUGUCCGACAUGAUUAAUCUAAAGGUCAAUACCGGCUUUGUCGAGGUGUCAAUGCACGAGCAGCCCAGCGGAGCGUACGAGGGACAGCAGCAGCAGCUAAUGGAGGCGGAGAUCAUGACGCUCGAUACGCUCGAUAUGCCAAUGACCCCACUCACACCCACUAUUUCGGUGGUCCCACGAGUCUUGAAGUCAUCGGCAGCCUGCAACGACGACGAAGAGAUGGCUCGACGACACAGCGAGCCCAUUAUGUCGAACAUGAAGCGAUGCCUGUUUGAGGAGCAUCCCGGAGAUCCCAUUCCCGAGAUCCUUCAGCCAGCCUCGCGCAAGGUGCGCCGGGCGUUCAGCAGUCGCUCGAACCAAGAGCAGGUCUUUUGCGACUACCAGCGACACGAUGAUAUGUCCGACUGCGAGGAGCAGUAUCAGCACCAACGGCAUCAGCAGCAACAAUUACCCCAGAUCAAAAUGCGUCCGAACCAGCAGCGGUACAGCAAAGUGACGAUCGAGCGAAUGGAUGAGGACGAGACGGAUAGGCGGAGACUGGCUCCGAUCCAGAGGCGACAGAAUGAACUGGAGCCGGAGCGCGAGGGCCGGAAUGUGACGAUGGUUGGACGGUUGGCGCGCAGCAAAUCUGUGGAUUACCAUGUACUCGAGUCCAGAAAUGGGGAAAAGAAGAAGAAGAAGAUUGGGCUCCGGAUUUCACAAAGCCCAGCAAGCAUGGCGCUCAAGCGGGCGAGCCAUCGUAUUGCCCACUGGUCGGGUUCCUUCCUGACGAGGGAAGCAUGA